AAGGAAAAAGCGAUAUUUAUAUCUCCGGCACGAAUUUCCCACGCCUGUAGAUUCGAAGUCCUGUUUCCGUCGCGUCUUUCCGUGUCUCAUGUACAGAAUACUAGCUGGACAAGCGACACCGCGUUCCGUGGCAUCGACGGCGCGUGUGCAGCUACAUACAUCCGCCGUCUGCUUGGCACAACGCAAAAAAGUCAAGGAGUCAAAGUCUGCUGUACGGGAAGAACGUAAACGGGUCAAGGAUGCUGCACGUCUACACGCCGUCCUUGGUAUACCACGUGGAGGUCAGGACAAGUGGCCCCAGUGCGAUCUUGCAAAAGCUGUUAUAACACAAGACAAGCUCCACUCCGAGGAUGCUCACGAACUCCUCGAAUUCCCCGAAGGAGCGGUUAAUAUUCCCUCUACUCUCAACUAUGGCGUCUCUGGAGACAACAAGAAGAUGUUGUUCGAGGUCUUGCCAGUUCUUUCCGCGGAGAGGGGGCGAGUCCACUUUAACGCGGAUACAGUGCGAGAGACGGAAGAAGCUAUGAAGCAUGAAGUUGCGAAGGCGAACAUGUUUGCGAAACUUGUUAGCCUACGUAAUGCAAAUGCAAAGGGAAUCGCGUACGAAAACCGGAGAAGAUGCAUAGAACUGUUCUCCACCCCCGAGACUCCCAAUGAUACUGGUCUCCCGGAGGUGCAAGCCGCUAUCCUGACACUGAAAAUACGCAAUUUGUGGGCGCAUUUGCUCAAGUUCCGUAUGGAUAUCGACAAUCGCAGAGCGUUGCGGCGCAUGGUUCACCAACGAGCCAAGGUACUGAAGUAUUUGAAACAGAAGGACCUGGAUCGUUAUGAGGCAGUCCUCCCUCGACUGGGCCUUGAGCCAGGAAGCGUUGAGGGCGAACUUGUAGUUUAAGUGCA